GAGGUAAACGGUCAGGAACUGGAGCACGGAUGAAACAACUGGAGUCUGGAAGAACUCGAAAGAAGGAAAGAGGGACAGUCCAUGAAUCACUGCAGCAAACAGAGGCAUGGAGAACUAAAUGAUACAUUUUUUUGCUGCGUUUGUUUUUCCGUGGCGAGCGAGCCGACCCCCUGCAUGCAUCAUUUCCACGCGCUCUUCAGUCACGCCUUCCUCUUUCCGUCCAAACCUCACUUCUGCCUGCAGCGCCUGCAGACAUGCUGCUCCUCGUCUGCCUCCUCUCGGCUGCAGGACUCCGCGUCUGCUCAGGAAUCCUCCAGCAGGUGGCGCCGCUGCACUCGGUGGCCGUACUCCCAUGUCCUCAUGCAGGAGAAGACGUGACCUGGAGCAGAUUUCAAAACGGGGCCAAGCUGGUUCUGGUCACCAUCAGAGAGGGCCGGGAGACGAGGCUGGACCGGCGGUUCGGUUCCCAGGCCGACGGCUCGCUGGUCAUCAUCCAGACGGAAGCUUCUGAUGAGUCCGUCUACGUCUGCAACCAGAAGCACCGAGUUUAUCUGACGGUGACCUCAGAUGCAAAGCAGAUCCCCUCAAAAGCUCCCCCAGAACCAGGACCACGAGGAGGCGACCCUGAAGACCCGCGGGGCGGAUCUGCAGAGAUCCAGGAGACCUCCGGCUGGUGGAAGCUUCCUGCGGGUGUGGUAACCGGGGCAGCUCUGGUUCUGCUCUCCGCCUUCAUCCUGAGGUUCUGCUCGGCGAAGAGAGCAGAGAAGACCGACGGCAGAGACCGGAGCCUUCCUGACGUGGUCUACGAGGAGAUCCAGGUCAUCGGCGAGCUCAACAGAGGUCCACUGUGCUGCUCUCAGCCGGCGGGCGGGAACCCGCACAGCACCGGCCCACAUCCUGAGGAGAUGAGGACCAAAGACAACGAGAUCUACUCCAGUGAUCCGUAACCAUGUGUGACGAGGUUCUGAUGGAGUCCGGCUGAGACGGACCUCCACCACCAACAAACGCCAGCAGGGAAAGCGCGGCUGACUCAACUAAAAAAA